UAUAUAUCUGUGAAACGGAGCGUGUGCAUUUGUGAAAAAGACUGUCCAUUUAUGAAUCAUAGAUUGUACAUUUCUGAAUUAUGAAACCGAUCUGACAAGAUCUGAUAAACACCUUGACAGCUCGCGCUGCGCUCGUGCGCCGUCCUCGCGCGCACCUUGAUUGUUGUCAGUUCGUCCCCCCCUCAGACAUUCGGGCUUUCUUUGCACGUGGCGCCAGCAGCAAACUUUCCCUCACAGCUGUGUGCGCGCGCGCGUGAUGUCACUGGUCGGUGUUCCUCCGUCUCGUCUGCCUAAUAGCCUGACCCCCCGGCGCGCCGCUUUAAAGGGAAGACAAGAGCGCUGAGUCAACGGAUCGCGGGGGCAGCCGGAUGCAGCAGUCGAUGUGUGGUAGUCGGGGACCUGCUCUCGAAGGAGGAUGGUGCUUGUCACGCGCUCGGAGUCUCUCCCCCGCUCCUUUAAGUUCUAAUCGAUAAGCAUUAAGAUCUGCUUUCUUCUGGACUCAGCGCGCGCGCGCGUGCAGCCUGCGCCGUCAUGGACUGAUGGGAGUCGAACCCUUGACUGGUGAGCGGUCGUGCGCCAACUAUGCAUAGGAUUCUGCAGCGGAGGCGAGUGCGCAAGCUGCGCGUCGUCUGGGCGUCCCUGGCCGUGGUGGCCGUGUCCCUGGCGGCGUGCAGCGCGCUCUUCACGGCGUGGACCUGGCGCCAGACGCGGGACCUGUCCCAGUCCUUCCAGAUCCUGCAGGACCGCCUGGAGCAGGUCAAUACGCAGAGGAAGGCCAUCAUUCAGCUCAUUCUGGAGAAGCGGGAGCUGCUGCUGGACCGAGUCAAGAGAGAUGGUGGAACGGCACGAGGGCGAAAUGGAAGUGGACGGAAAGCGGCGUCUCAUUUUGAGAUCACCAAGGUUUCUUCUCAGCAAGUGGGAGAUGGUGGAGUGAUAAAGGGCUGGGAGGAGAGGACACUGAAUAUGAGCAAAGCAGUGAGGUACAGCAAAGAGCAGGGUACCUUCAUCGUGGAGAGGGCAGGCGUCUAUUUCCUGUUCUGCCAGGUGCUGUUCAACGAGCAGCAGUCUCAGUACGUCAAGCUGGACGUGGUGACCAACGGCGUCCGGCCGCAGAAGCUUCAGUGCAUGGAGGGCUACGGGACGACCCCCUCUGCCGGGCCGCACUCCUUCCACUUCGUGAAGCCCUGCCAGGUGUCCGGGCUGCUGCGAUUGGACAAAGGCACGGAGCUGCGCGCCGUCACCGGCCCGUCCUUCAGCCUUCACCCUGUAGCCAAUCAUGUCUUCAGCAUCUUCAAAGUCAACUGAACCUCAGAGCUCACAACUACAAGUACACAAACUCAUCGAAGGCGCUUGAGGAAUAUACACAUUUUUUCUAUGGAUGAUUGACAUAUUAAGGAUUUUUCGUACGGAGUUCAUUCAUUCCUAUAUAUUUGCAUUUAAAAGAACAAACUUUUGGAGAUUCUGGUGGAUUUUUUGGUGGCUGUUUUGGAACAAAGCUUUGGAUGAAAUAAGCCUAUAAACUGUGUUUUCUGCACCUUAAAAGUCAGACUAUGGAAAUAUACGGACGACUGAAGUGUCUACAAGGGCUUAAACCACACAUUUCUGUGCGAAUGAUUCCUACCAAAUCAGAAACACUUUAUAGCCAAUCCUACGGUCUUUCCAAUGUGAUUACAUACGUGUGAAUAUGUAUUUUGUCUUCAUAUUUGUCAGAAUGUGUCACGCUAGCAGGCUAAGAGGUAAGCAUUUGUAAACAAUGCGACGUGAAUUCUCUGCCUGAAGGUGGGAUGAUUGUAAAGUUAAGAAAAGAUGAAAUUGAUGCUUCUUCUUCUCUGUAUCCCGGCUGGUCCUCACGUAUCUGAUGAUGCAAUGAACAUCACCACUGAUCUGAUGGGUGAGUCAAGCAGUAGUGGAAUUUGAAGUGAAUUAUUAUUAUUAUUUGCUAUUAUGUUUUAAAAAACUAUAUUUUUUAUAAGUGGUUCACAAUAGUAAUUAUAAUAUAAGAAAAAAAGCGACACACUUUGGACGAUCUUUGUUCUGUUCGUAUUGGUGUAUCAUCAUCAGUUUUUAGACUUUUUGGAUCCUCAUCUAUUCGAGAACACAGUCGACUGUUUUAAUAGAAGUAGUAAAAAAAUGUAUUAUUAGAGUCAUAUGAUAAAUGUUGACGUGUGAAUGCUAAACAAAUGGGUGGAUCAUGCCAAUUUUUCACAGCAGCCUGAAUAAAACGUUUUUAGCACACAA